UCAUAGUUUAGACUAUAGAGUCCGAAGUCUGAACAAAUUCAAAAACCGUUGGUAAAACUUUUCCGACAAUUUUUUCAAACUUGAAAGUUCGAAUUCCCCGUCGGUCUCCACUCUCUCUCUCUGUGUAAAAUCUUGUAAUGAAAUGGAAGCCAUCAGAAAACAAGCUACCAAGCUCAGAGAACAAGUAGCCAAACAGCAACAAGCUGUUCUCAAACAAUUUGUUGGUGGUAUUGGUGGUUUGGACAAUCUUGUGUCCGAUGAAAAUGAAGUACAACAGCAUCAAAAAUUAGAGAAGCUCUACAUAUCUACACGUGCUGCCAAGCACUUUCAAAGAGACAUCGUCCGGGGAGUUGAGGGUUAUAUUGUAACUGGAACCAAGCAGGUUGAGAUUGGCACCAAGUUGUCAGAAGAUAGCCGAAAAUACGGCACUGAGAACACAUGUACUAAUGGCAGUACAUUAUCUAAAGUGGCACUAGGCUAUAGUAGAGCUCGUGCUCAAAUAGAAAAAGAACGCGAAAAUCUACUUAAAUUGCUGGGAACACAGGUUGCGGAGCCAAUAAGGGCGAUGGUAGUGGGAUCUGCAUUAGAAGAUGCCCGACAUCUUGCACAGAGAUAUGACAGAGUCCGACAGGAGGCUGAAGCUCAGGUUAUUGAUGUUGCCAGACGCCAAGCAAGAGUGAGAGAAACCAAUUUUACUUCAGAUAAUAUAUUAAAGCUUGAAGCUGCAGAAACGAAGCUUCACGAGCUUAAGUCAAAUAUGGCUACAUUGGGUAAAGAAGCAGCUGCUGCCAUGGCUGCUGUGGAAGGUCAGCAGCAAAGAUUGACUCUCCAGCGGCUAAUAGCCAUGGUCGAAGCUGAGAGAACUUAUCAUCAGCGGGUACUCGAAAUACUCGAUCAGCUCGAAGGGGAGAUGUUGUCUGAGCGUCAAGGUUUUGAAGCUCAUCAUGUUGCAGCUGCAGAUAAUAUAAAUCCUCCACCACCUGCAUAUAAUGAGACAGAGGAUUUAUUUGCUUCUCACACAUAUGAUGGGUCAACUGAUGGCAUGGGUUACUUCUUGGGGGAGGUCAUUCAUGGAUACCAAGCUGAGUCUGACGUGGAGCUGACACUAGCUGUUGGCGACUAUGUUGUCGUUCGAAAGGUGACCAACAACGGUUGGGCUGAAGGUGAGUGCAAAGGGAAAGCAGGGUGGUUCCCGUUCGAGUAUGUUGAGAGACGAGAACGUGUUCUUGCAAGCAAAGUGGCUGAAGUAUUUUGACCUUGACUUGUAAAUCUGAAUACGCAAGUCUGUCCCUUCAUGCCUUAAACAUCCUGUAUUUUGACACAUGAAGUAACUCCAAUGAUGCAUGAAUGAUUCGAUGUCCCAUGCUGAACAUUCCCAGACGAAUAUAAGCUGAAAAUCUGCUUAUUCCCUAUUUACCACAGUUGUUGGAUGAUUUUCAUUUCCUUUUUCUGUACAUUUGGUGGUAAAAGGAUGAGUUAGAGUGCCGAUAUGAAAUGAUUCGACGCAUCCUAGAAGAGGGACUUGGAGUUGUGGCUGUUGAUCCCACUUUCAUCAGUGAAGUUGUCAUUGAGACCAAGCAUAUUGAAUUAUCAAUCAGAAAAUACAAAACUUGAUGUUCUGGCAUGG